AUGCUAACCAUCAAGAACAAAGUUGCUAUCGCGCAAAUUGGAUCCUUGCUUUUCCAGCCUGAAGAAUCUUUGGCUAAAAUUCAAGCCUAUGCUAAGGAAGCCGCGGAAAAUGGAGCGAAAUUGGUGGUAUUUCCAGAAGCGUUCCUCGGUGGCUAUCCCAAAUUUAGUGAUUUUGGGAUAUCACUUGGUUCUCGGUCAGAAGAAGGGAGGAAUGAAUUCUCAAGGUAUUAUUCCACGGCUAUCGCCGAAUAUGGGGAGGAGCACCAAGCCUUGGAGAAACUUGCUCAAGAACUGAACAUUCAUUUGGUGACCGGAGUCGUGGAGAAAUCCGGAAAGACUCUGUAUUGUUCUGUAUUUUUCUUUGGUCCGAGUGGCUAUAUGGGAAAGCAUCGAAAACUAUUGCCAACAGCCCUUGAACGCUGUGUUUGGGGAAAUGGCGAUGGAUCAACGAUGGCUACGUUCGAAACUUCGGAGCUCGGAACAAUUGGAGCAGCGAUUUGUUGGGAAAACUACAUGCCACUCUACCGUACCCAUCUCUAUUCCCAGGGAAUACAACUGUAUCUUGCACCUACCGUUGAUGAUAGGGAUGCUUGGAUAUCCACAAUGAAGCAUAUUGCUGUUGAGGGCAGAUGUUUUGUCAUUUCCGCCUGCCAAUACAUAACAGGAGAGAAUUUUCCUGAAGGACAUCCGAUGAGGGAAAAACACGGGAAGAACGUGCUGAUCCGUGGUGGCUCGUGUGUAAUUGACCCAUUCGGAAAAGUGUUGAUGGAACCAAAUUAUGAAGGAGAAAAACUACUAUAUGCUGACGUGAAUACCGAAGAGUGCAUACGCGGAAAGUUUGAUCUGGACGUCGUCGGCCACUAUUCCAGGCCAGAUGUAUUCACGCUAACUGUGGAUACUUCUAUUAAAGAGACUGUCGUUAGAAAG